AUGUUGGUUGUUUCAUUUUGGUAUCAGAGCCUAGACGGUUUUAGGACUGUUAGAAUUGCUAGGCUUAGUAUCAUCCCCUUCAGCUACAAGAGAUUCCGCGCUAGAGGUUGUGGCGCGAGAGGGCGCGGUGCUGAGGCCGUGGUGGCAGAGCUAGAGGCCGUGGAGGCCGGGGCCGAGAUUGUGGACUUCGGCGGAUUCGGGAGAGAGUGUGGUGCCGAGUGUGGCGACUGCGUCGGUGACCCAGUCGUUAUUGGCUCGUUUUCCGCCAGUGGUUCCACAGGGGCUCCGGGAGUACCUCCAGUGGCAGAGGUGCAGCAGAGGGCUGCGGGAUUUGUUCAGCCGCAGGCUGUGGGUUUGAUGGUGCCGUCCUAUUUGGAUAUGUGGGGCACAUGCAGAGGAUUGGUUGAGUUGGCAGUCCACUAUCUGAGUGGAGAUGCACAUUUGUGGUGGCGGGCCAUCGAGGGCAUAAUGGUUGUUGUUGCUGUUGUUGUUCAUUUAUCUGUGAUAAAUUGUGGAGGUUCUCAACGCAUGUGUGUAAUGACCUUGUUAGUGGGCGGUUUUGAGUCCCACGUUUUAUUCGACUCUGGAGCAUCGAAUUGCUUCAUUACACCGGAGCGUGCCGAGAAGAGUGGCAUCCGGAGUAGCGCGGGCGAGAGCGCGGGCAUGGUCAAGGUGGCGGGAGGUGGAUUCUUGUCUACUUUGGGCCGUGCUAGAGGAGUCGAGAUCGAGAUUGCGGGGCAGUCAAUGCCAGCAGACUUAGUCAUCAGUCCGGUGGAGCUGUAUGACGUUAUUCUCGGGAUGGACUGGUUGUCACACUACAGAGUUCAUCUGGAUUGCUACAGAGGUAGAGUGGUCUUCGAGCGAGAUGCAGGGAGGUUGGUUUAUCAGGGAGUGAGACCGACUUCCGGGAGUAUUGUGAUAUCUGCUAUUCAGGCCGAGCAGUUGUUAGAGCGGGGCUGUGAGGCGUAUCUGGCGACGAUUUCUAUGUCUGAGUCAGGAGCUGGAGUUGUUAUGGGAGAUAUUGAGGUUGUCCAGGAUUUUGAGGAUGUCUUUCAGUCACUGAAGGGAUUACCACCAUCUCGGUCUGAUCCUUUCACGAUUGAGUUAGAGCCGGGGACAGCACCGAUAUCGAAGACGCCUUACAGGAUGGCGCCAGCUGAGUUGGCAGAGCUGAAGAAGCAGAUAGAGGACCUUUUGUCUAAGGGGUUCAUUCGACCAGUGUUUCACCGUGGGGAGCACCGGUACCCACUCCCGAGGAUUGAUGAGUUGUUGGAUCAGUUGAGGGGUGCUACUUGGUUCUCCAAGAUUGACUUGGCAUCGGGGUAUCAUCAGAUCCCGAUAGAUGAGGCAGAUGUCAGGAAGACUGCUUUCAGGACGCGUUAUGGGCAUUUUGAGUUUGUGGUUAUGCCUUUCGGUUUGACUAACGCGCCGGCAGCCUUCAUGAGAUUGAUGAACGACGUGUUCAGGGAGUAUUUGGACGUGUUCGUCAUCAUUUUCAUUGAUGAUAUUCUGGUAUACUCGAGGAGUCAGGAGGAGCAUGCGACUCACUUGAGGUUGGUUCUGGAGAAGCUUCGGGAGCAGAAGCUUUUUGCUAAGUUGAGCAAGUGCAGUUUCUGGCAGCGAGAGAUGGGAUUUCUUGGCCACAUUGUUUCUGCAGAGGGAGUUUCUGUGGAUCCGGCUAAGAUUGAGGCUAUCAGAGAUUGGCCUAGACCUAGUAGUGCCACCGAGAUCAGGAGUUUUCUGGGUUUGGCAGGAUACUACAGGAGGUUCGUCAAGGGGUUUGCUACCAUGGCGCAGCCGAUGACGAAGUUGACCGGGAAGGAUGUCCCGUUUGUUUGGUCAGCUGAGUGUGAGGAGAGCUUUAGUCAGCUCAAGGAGAUGUUGACUACUACACCAGUGUUGGCGUUACCCGAGCCGUACUUUUUUAGUCAGCUCAAGGAGUUUUCUUUGAUCAGUCUCUCUUUAUCUCGCUAG